GUCAAAGAUCGCUGACACAGUUGUUUUGGAGGAAGUGACAAGAGACUGAAAAAGAAAGAAAUAGGCCCUCUUCAAGUAAACAAGCAAGGAUUCCUUUCGCUUAAUAAUUGCUCUUACUUUGGAAACACAGGUGGCCACCAAGUAGUAUUGAAAGUAUAUUGCAUUAUAAUUAAAGAGACGUGCGUUCUGACUGCAACUAACCACCACUGGUGGCACCAGCCAGUUUCCGUCCGAUCUCGGCAACUACCUAGCUAUCCAGCUAACCUAGGUUGGGGGGGCAGACAGACAAAAUUGAAUUCAUCUGUUUUUCAUCCAGCAGGACGAAAGGCCCAUUUUGACAUUCUUUAAUAUACCAUCCCUUGGUUCUGGUUGAUCAAGGUCCAGUGUUGGCUCCCUUUGCUUUCAAUAGCCCAUGAUUGAAAUGAAAGAGCGGAGGMAGUGGAUGUUGACUGUCUUUUAAAGCUGUGGCACAAUGACGUCUAGGAAGAAAGUACUACUUAAAGUAAUCAUUCUGGGAGACUCUGGAGUUGGGAAGACUUCCCUGAUGAARCAGUAUGUGAAUAAGAAGUUCAGUAACCAGUACAAAGCCACAAUUGGAGCUGAUUUCCUGACWAAAGAAGUGAUGGUGGACGACAGGCUUGUCACCAUGCAGAUCUGGGACACAGCGGGGCAGGAGAGGUUCCAGUCUCUGGGUGUGGCGUUCUACCGCGGGGCAGACUGUUGCGUGCUGGUGUUUGACGUGACCGCCCCCAACACCUUCAAGACCCUAGACAGCUGGAGGGACGAGUUCCUCAUACAGGCCAGCCCCCGAGACCCCGAGAACUUCCCCUUCGUGGUGCUAGGCAACAAGAUUGACCUGGAGAACAGACAGGUGACGACUAAACGAGCACAGGCCUGGUGUCAGAGCAAGAACAACAUCCCCUACUUCGAGACCAGCGCAAAGGAGGCCAUCAACGUUGAACAGGCUUUCCAGACUAUUGCACGCAAUGCUCUUAAACAGGAGACAGAGGUGGAGUUGUACAAUGAGUUCCCUGAACCGAUAAAGCUGGACAGGAACGAACGUUCCAAGCCAUCAGCGGAGGCCUGCAGCUGCUGAGGUCCUAGCAGACUUACUGGGGUGCAACUGUCAGCCCUUCUACCCUGUCUUGCCUUGUCUAAACCCUAUGCCUCACUGUGUGCUCCCCUUUGCCCAAUAUUAUCACUGGCCUUCGUAGAUGCGAGUUCUGCUCGAAAAGUAUACUUUACACACAUGCUGCACUCACACCCCGGUGUACACAUCACACACUUACUCUCAAGAUAYGUCUCCAAGCCCAAAGAACACCCAGAUGGAUAUUAGAGCAUUUAUUAACCUGAUAUCUGCUUAGUAUUUCCCCCUUAACUGUCUCAUGACACAAAUACCUUUUUAAAGACACCAUUGUUUCCAUGGCACCACCCAACCUCACACACACACACGCAUACAUACAGAAAUAAAAUCCUAUGACAUUUUAAAGGGGGGGGUUAGUUCCAGUGGUAAAGGAGGUUGUGAAGGAUCAGAAUGACUAAUUUAUAUAUAUAUAUAUAUAUGUGUGUGUGUCAUGCCAAUGUACUGCCCAAAGAUACAUGUGUUAAUUGUCUUGGAAGUGACCGAGCAAGUCCAACAUACGAGUGUGUUGUUCAAGGCAUUUUUUUGCACUUUGUCAUGUAGACUUAUUAAAAUCCUGUUUGACACCUCACUUUGGAGCCACAAUAUAAACCCAAAUUUUAAGUCGAGGCUGAAGAGGCAGUGUGGAUUUGAACUCUGRUCCCCAACUUCAGUGAUGUCCCCUAACUGCCCUACACAUGCUUUGUUUCUCAAUGGGGAAAGUCAAGCAGCAAAUUGUUGUCAUCAUUCUGCGACUGACACAAGGGGUAGAGAAUCAAAGGGAGGACGUCCUAUCUGAUACAGCUGGGGGGGACAGAGAUUUUUCAAGCAUAUAAAUAUGACUCGUUAUUA